AUGUUAUUUUUCUUUUCUACGUUUUCUAUUUAUUUGGUUCAUGGAUUCCAUAGAAAUUUGAAAGAAUGGGAAUGGCAGAUCCCUUCAGUUGCAAAUUUGGUUAACAAAAUAGAUUCCAUCAAAUUCCCUCAAAAUCUGACUACAGGUAGCAAUAGCUAUGAGUCUAUGACCCUGUUUGUGUAUUUCCAUAAAUACCCCUCUGUUCCUAAAACUUGUGCUUAUUUAUUAUCUUCAAGAAAUGUUGGGAUAAGCAUACUUCAUUUUGAAUCAAUAAAAAAGAAAGAUGUUGAAUAUUGCAUGGAAAACGCCUUCAGCACUUAUUUAGUAUGCCUGGGAAAUGCCACAAUGUGUGGUCUUUGGUGGGUUGAACUUGAAAUGUAUAAAACAAGUGGUCAAUACAAAGAGGUGACAGAGGAAAGGCUAAAAGAGGUUAUCUAUUCCACUCAUUACACUGCAACAAGAAAACGUUUUAGAAACCAAAUAAAGUACUUAUGUUACGGUGGAAAAAGAAAAGAAAAGAAGAGUCACCCGAGAAUCAAGGUGUACACUAUUAGUUCCAAUGAAUCUCAAAUAAGGAUGUUGUAUCAUUUUCAGAACUUAUUAUUCAGGUUUGAUGUGGCAAAGAAGCACAACAUCCAGCUAAAGGAGUUGAUGAAUGCGUACUCUGAUAAUUCUCCUGAUGAGGUAAUGCCCAAUCUUACAGGUUCAGUUGCUGAUGGAAGAGAUGACAUUAUUAGCUUAUUUGUAUCACACAUUUUCAGAACUUAUCAUUCAGAUUCUGUCAGCAUUCUGUACUUUAACAUUUACCAAAUGUAUUGUUGGCAACUGUUCCUAAGGCUUUGUGCAUUCUCACCAUGUUUGGCUGUUCGUUUUCUAGCGUUUCCAGCAAGCAUAUCAGAAAGGGUGCAGAUUAAGGAGAAGCAGAAAGAAGUUAAUCGAAAUGGUCAGCAUUUUGGCCGCUUACUCAACACAGAGGAUGUGGAUGAGAACUUAUAUGGUGGAGAAAAAGAAAAGAAGUUACCCUUGAGAAUCAAAGUGUACACUUUUAGUUCCAUUGAAUCUCAAAGAAGGUUGUUGGGUGAUUUGCCUUCAUGGAAAAGAUAUGCAGGAAAUGAUGGGAUGAACAUACUUCAUGUUGAAUUAAACAAACAAAAGAUGUUGAAUAUUGCUUGAAAAACAUCUUCAACACUUAUUUAGUACGCCUGUAUGGAAUGGAUCACAACAUCAAGCUAAAGAAGUUGAUGAAUUCCUACUCUGAUAAAACUCCUGAUGAGG